AUGCUUCACACAGCAGCAUUGGCGCUGCCACUGCUUGCAGCAUGCACAUAUGCCACGCCUGUAGCCUCACCCAUCUCCUACGAAUCCGGUAGCGGAGUUCCAGAUGCUGAGGGCAAGGCGCUUCCUGCGCGCGACCUCGAAGUGCGUCAGAAUGGCAAAUUCAGGUUCUUUGACAUGAAGACACCUCUCUCUGGACCUUGCGAUAUGGCAUUCAACCCCGCCGAUGGUCUUCUCUAUGGUGAACAGCAGUUCAUCAACCAGCUCUUCAGCAUCGAUACUGUAUCUGGACAAGUCACGGAGUACCCCAUUCCUGUCACUCCAUUCAACCAGAACAACGCGACGCCCAUCUUCUCACUUCCUGGAGCGGGUAUCAUUCCCUCACCGCUCGGCGACAGGCUGGCUCUUUCUUGCGCUAUUCGCGACGGAGCCGAUGGAAACAUCUAUGCCAGCAACGGCCUCCGUAACCAGCUCGUGCAGCUCAAGACCAGCGAUAAGAGCAUCCGAGUCUUCCAGACCAACGAGGAUGGCCAGUCUUCGAACCCACUCGGCAACCUCUUCCCGUUCAACGACCUGUGGACCGACAAGGACGGCAUGUGGGUGACGCAAACUACCGGACUGGUCUUGCAGUACUUCCGCUACAGCACUCAAAGGUUCACAAACUACAAAGUCUUCAGCAUCAACGAACUGCCACUUGGUGUUUACGUCGCCUCUGACGGCAUCGUAUACGGCUGCCUUGUCCUGGGUAACGCUAUGUUCACCUUCGACCCAAAGACUGAGAAGUACACCGAGUACCCGCUCCCACUUCUGGCAGGUCUUCAGUCGCCAGCUGUCGUUCGCGUAGAGAAGGAUGGCUGGGUCUACUUCACGACACUCUUCGGCAGAGGCCAGGGUCGCAUCAACAUGAAGUCGAAGAAGAUCGAGCUCUACCCAACGGACAAGCUCCUUGGUUUCGGAAGUGUCAACACUGGCCCUACUCCUGGCGGCAACGGCGGUUCAUGGAUGUCGUUCUUCCUUACCAACGACCAGCUGGCUCGUCUCGACACAAAGACAUUGAAGUACACUUACGUGCAAAUGCCACCGGAGUUCUCCAAUGCUCCAAACGCAGUUCCUGCCAACCUUCCCAUCGACAUUGGCACCGCCAACAUUGCUGUUAACUACAAGCCAGGCAACAAUCUGUACUUCAGCAGUGCGCUGAGGAACCAGGUCGUGCAGUAUGCGCUUGGACCGGAUGAGUAG